GGUGGGGCAUGAAAAGGUGAGCUGCGUUUCUUCGUUUGACCUCGCGGAGGUGGAAUGAAAAUACCGGAACACACUCACAACAACAACAACAACAACAACAACAACAACACGGUAGAAGAGACGCAGGCCUCUGUGACUCUCCCCCCUCUCCGUGAUUCACACGCGGACCACGAUGACGGCGACCGGAGGAGCGGAGACUUCUGACGUCACGCCGACACGCGCGUCCAAUGAGGGGCCGAGGAUGUGCAGCGCGAGGAGCAGCCGACAGAAGGCGAAUAACCAUGCCAACUGAGGGAUGUAGCGCGCGCCGCCGGGGAGAGCAAAAGGGGGGGGACCCAAGAAUAAUAAUACGAUAAAGAUAAAACGGACACACAGGUGGAGGAUCAAGGACGAGAGAGACCCUGGUUCCUGCAGGAGGGGAGAAGAACACGAGCUGCUAUGAUUCUAUCCCUGGCGGCAGCAGCAGCCAUGAGUAGCGGCGGCGGCCUCAACUCCUCCUCCCCCCUCGACCCCUUUGACUCGUCCACCUCCUGGAGCCUGGUCGAGGACCCCGCCAACUCCUCCUCCCUGACCCCCGACCUCCAGCCGGCGACCACGGCGGUGGCCUUCCCGGAGGUCAACCCGUGGGACGUGGCGCUCUGCGUGACGGGCACGCUCAUCUCAUGCGAGAACGCGCUGGUGAUCGCCGUGCUGUUCUACACGCCGACGCUGCGCGCCCCCAUGUUCGUGCUCAUAGGGUCGCUGGCGGCGGCGGACCUCCUGGCCGGCCUGGGCCUCAUCCUCAACUUCGUCUUCACCUACCUGGUGGACGCCUCGGUGGAGUUCGUGACGCUGCUGUCGGUGGCGCUGCUGAUCUCCGCCUUCUCGGCCUCCGUCCUCAACAUCCUCGCCAUCACGGUGGACCGCUACCUGUCGCUGUACAACGCCCUGACCUACCACACGGAGCGGACGGUGACCUUCACCUACGUGAUGGUGGUGCUCAUCUGGGCGCUGUGCCUCGCGCUGGGCCUGCUGCCGGCGCUGGGCUGGAACUGCCUCCGCGACGAGUCGGCGUGCAGCAUCUGCCGGCCCGUCACCAAGGCCAACGCCGUGGCGCUCGCCGUGGCCUUCCUGCUCGUCUUCGCCCUGAUGACGCAGCUCUACCUGCAGAUCUGCAGGAUCGCCUUCCGCCACGCGCAGCAGAUCGCCGUGCAGCACCAGUUCAUCGCCAUGUCCACCACCAAGGGCGUCUCCACGCUGUCGGCCAUCCUGUGUGCCUUCGGGGCGUGCUGGCUGCCGUUCGCCAUGUACUCCAUCGUGGCCGAUUCCAGCUACCCCGCGAUAUACACCUACGCCGCCGUGCUGCCGGCCACCUGCUGCUCCGUCAUCAACCCCAUCGUCUACGCGUUCAGGAACCCGGACAUCCAGAAGUCGCUGUGGAUGGCGUGCUGCGGCUGCUUCCCGUCCAACCUGUCCCUGAGGCCCAGGACCUCCAGCGACGUGUAGCAAAGGGGACGGAGGACGGGGCCGGGGUGGAGGAAGAUCUCCUUCCUCUUCAUAUCAGGGGGGGGGGUCCUAAAAAACCUGAACAUCCUAACAAUCAUGAAUAUAGAGCUAAAAAAAACAACAUGCAACUUUUGGGACACGCAGGUGGCGAGAAACCAACUGCAAAAAAACUUGACUUGGGUUUUCCUCGCGGCGGGUGAGGCGGCCGACCUCCUCCUCGGUGGCGGUGGGGAGCACAGGUAUGUGGGGGGGGGGAACCCGGGAGGCAAAGUUCACCCCCCCCCCCAAAAAAAACUCUCUGCGUUGUUGCGCAAUCGGGAAACGAAGUGAAAAUACGAAGCGCUAAAUACAGGCGACGGAUGACCUUGAGUUUGAGCUUUUGUUCUGCCGACUGUUUUGAAACUAAAUCCCAUCAGUGACGCCCCCCCCCCC